UAUAUAGGAUCUACUAUAUUAAAACAAUGAUCUUAUAUGGUGAAAACAAAAUGCUUGAAGCAUUGAGGCUGUUUUUUAUUCAGGCGCGACGCGGGGAAGCGCGCCAAACAGCCGCCAGUUUGAAAUCCGGAUAAACAGCGCGAGCACUGGAAAUAUAAUCAAUGCAGACAUGUCACAGAACGAAACGAUGCAUGAUGACGACCUUGAGAAAUCUGGGGAAGCAUUGAUCGAGUUCAUCAAGAGCAGUAAGGCAGAGAGCGCUCUUCGAGGAGCCAGAGAAAAACUGCAGGAGUUCUUUGAUCACCACAUCAAGACCAAGAAGACCACAACCGAGCUCUUAAAUGAUCUUGUUCAUGCAGAAGAAGUGGUCGGCCACAAGCUUCUGGAUUUAGAGCGGCAGAAGAGCCAGAUAUUGCAGGAGAUCGAGAUGAUGGAGCAGGAAGUGCAGCGGAGUCUGUCCAAAAGCCAUAUUCUAGACUCAGAGCAGGAAUUCUUACAGAAAGAGUUGGAAAAACUCAGAGAUGCUGAGCUAGAAAUUCAAACCCUGCAACAGGAAGUGGAUGAGGACACAACUGAGGUCAUUCCUUCAGCCAUAUAUGUUGCUCAGCUCUAUUAUAAAGUUACCAAGAUAAAGCUGGAGGUGGACACAGAGCCGCACAUACUGAGGGGAGUUCACUACGGUGCGGAUGUGGCAACCCCCAUCAACAUAGACACAUCCACCCGUUCUCCCUGCGAAGUCAGCGAUGACCUGUGGAACCUGGUCAAUACUGAAUGGUAGACCUGGUGCACAUGAACGGUGUUCGCUAAUUUACUGUUUGUUUUUAUGUAUGUGUUUGUAUAUAUAAAUCUGUUAAUAAAUUGGCCUUAAUUGCUA